AUGACUUUGCACACGCGUUUGCCGUCGCCUGCGCCCCCGCCGCAGGCCGCCGCCGGCGACCCCAUCGCUGCGGCGGAGCAGCCGCCCGCCGCCGUCGCCGCCGCCUCGGCCGCGCCAGCUGACAACUUGGAUGUGGAAGAUGAGGAGGCAAAGAGUGAAGAGUAUACAGAGGAGAUGCAAAAGAAGAUGGGGACGACCCUCACAUACCGCCACGAACUGGGCAUCAACUGGAACGAGAUCAUGCCGGAUCUUUACGUGGGAAGCUGCUUGCAGACCCCCGCCGACGUGGACAGGCUGGCCGAGGCCGGGGUCACCACUGUCUUCAACCUGCAGGAGGACUGCGACAUGGAUUACUUUAAGAUUGAUAUUGAGGCCAUCAGGGAGCGCUGCAGGGAGCGGGGGGACAUAAAGCACGUGCGGUUCCCCGUUCGCGACUUUGACCCGUUUGACCUCAGGAAGAAGCUGCCAAAGGCCGUGGCCCGGCUGGCGCACGCCCACCAGCCCAAGUUCGGCAUCGCAUACAUCCACUGCACAGCAGGCGGGUGGACU